CUAAAUUGUAACAAAAACAACAAACUCACAAAAAAAAAACAGCAAGAAAAUAAAUACAAAUCAUUGCGCAGUUUAAGCUUAAGAUUCUUAUCAUAGCCGCUGAUAAACUUGGACUUGGACUUGACGUGAAGUGAAACGUCUUAAUUAUGAAUUUAACGGAGCAAAAUCCGUACGGCAAUGGCUUGCUCUAUGUUGGAUUUAACCAGGACCAAGGAUGUUUUGCUUGCGCCACCGACACUGGUUUUCGGGUAUACAACUGUGAUCCACUGAAGGAAAAGGAGCGGCAAUAUUUUCCCGAAGGUGGUCUCAGCCAUGUAGAAAUGCUGUUUCGCUGCAAUUACCUGGCGCUGGUUGGCGGUGGUAUAAGGCCUCUUUAUCCGCCCAAUAAAGUAAUUGUAUGGGAUGAUUUAAAAAAAUCGCCAGCCAUAUCACUGGACUUCAAUCAGCCAGUGCGAGCAGUACGUCUAAGACGUGAUCGUAUUGUCGUUGUACUGGAGGGUGUUAUCAAGGUGUACACAUUCACACAACAGCCGCAGCAACUGCAUGUAUUUGAGACCAGCGCCAAUCCUAAUGGCUUGUGUGUAUUGUGUCCGCACAGCAAUAAAAGUCUACUCGCAUUCCCUGGUCGACGCACUGGCCAUGUACAAAUCGUUGAUCUUGCCAAUACAGAGCGUGCGCCGUUGGAGGUGAUUGCUCACGAGGCGGCAGUCAGUUGCAUUGCACUUAAUUUGCAGGGCACACGCUUGGCAACUGCUGGCGAGAAGGGCACUCUUAUACGCAUUUUCGAUACGGAUAAUGGCAAGAAAGUGUCGGAGCUAAGGCGCGGUAGCAAUCAUGCAAACAUAUUUUGCAUCAAUUUUAAUCAUCAGUCGACAAUGAUUGUUGUUGCCUCGGACCAUGGAACAAUACAUGUCUUCAAUUUAGAAGACAACAAGCCGCGAGAGUCAUCGCUGCCGAUAAUACCCAAGUAUUUCUCAAGUCAAUGGAGUUUUGUGAAAUUCUCCAUACCGCAGGGACCUCGUUGCAUUUGUGCCUUUGGUGCCGACUCCAAUUCGGUUGUGGCUGUGUGCGCGGAUGGACACUACUAUAAAUUCCUAUUUAAUAACAAAGGCGAAUGCAGUCGCGACGUGUGCACCCAGUUUUUAGAGCUGCAGGAUGAUGAAACUUAGAUGAUUUACAAACGCAAUUGGGGCGCUUGUUAUGCAUCUAAAAUUAAUAAUUAUUAAUUAAUAAUUAUUUACAUUAACAUACAUACAUAUAUAUA